AGAUCAUUCGUAACAAGUUGACAUUAUGGCUGAAUUCAAGAUAGCGGCAUUAUCUACGACUGACGAUAUCGCUCUGUCGGAUCUCAAUGAACUCAAUGAUCUAUGUCUCCGGGGUCUUCAUCAACUGCAUCGAGGUCUUCUCGAAUACUCCAAGCAAAGGAAGGAUGAACAAGGCCUUUGGAGCUCUAUCAUCCUGCUGUUAGAUGACCAAAUUGUUCGUUUUGAGCUUUGGAAUGCCGAGAUAGAAGUGGAAGGCGGAGAGGACGCGGAAUUGGACGCCUUCCCAUUGCCGAUCGACACAAAUGAGGGGGAUGUCUAUGGUACUUCAUCCUUUCCGUAAAGCCUCGGGAUUGCUGGCAUUCUCCUCCUUAGAAAGCAGAAGAGAAUGACACUAAGCUUACCUUCCGACUUCUUAGCCAACUCAGAAGUUUUAGAACUAGUCAAAAAUGCUUUGCUGCAGAUACAUGGACUAGAAAUUGAUAUAUCUACCCAUAUCAUUGAGUUAACAAGUAAACUAGAGGCGUUACAAACAUCGGAAAGAUUGACUAUGCACUCCGAGGGAAAAUCGGAGCUGGCAAGAAUGAUACUGGAGAUCGAUCAUCUGAUAGGUAUUCUGUUUGACCUUACAAGACCACUUCAAGCGUUGCAAGCAGUUCGAUAUCAAAGAGGCGAAUAUUGGGAACGACGCAAAAAGAUCUUAGCUAUCAAAAGGGCAUCAACAGAGCACCCGAGUUCUGAACGGGUCACUUCGGCGCUACAGUCAGCUUUACCUUCGCAUAGGCGUGAAAUUGAUACCGAAAAUGAAUUAUCACAACUACCUGAGACGCUUGAAUCUGGAGAUACAAGCAUUCCCGAAUUGUCUCCAUCGUCAAAUACUACAGCCUCUCAACCUCCUGUAAUACGACCCACCCCCAGGCCUAGCAUCCCUUUGGCACCUCGAUUCAAACCUUCCACACAUAGUGACGACAACACAGUUCUCGGAUUUAUGAAUGUCUUGCAAAAGUGCACAGUGGCUAGCGUUUCCACACGUCCCUUCGUCUUGGUAUCAAAGCUUACGGAAUGGUUCAGGAGCACUGUACAACAUGGAAACCGCAAAAUCACGCAAGCAGAACGUCUCCUGGCUUCUACAUACGCAUAUCAGGGCCAGCCAAGGGUUCGUGAUAUUGAUGGUUGCUUCUUGAUCUUUAGUAUACUCCUAGAACUGGGUCACGGGGAGCUUGUCAUUAAAUUUCUGAGCCUCGACAAGGCAGACAAACAUCUCCCAGUUGACCUAUAUUCAUUACGAAGCAUAUGCCGACAAAUGAGGCUUGCUGAUGCAGAAAAAGUUGCAAUGCAUUUCCACCAGCUGCAAUGGAAAUAUUGUCCAGCGAGACUUGACCUUCACAUGGGCAGGGAAUAUUCUCAAAUCAAGAUAAUGCCCUUUUCUCGAAAGGUCAGAAUCGACAAUGAUGGGGGCAUAGCAAGUUUGUGGGAAGUCGAGGUUCCUGAAGAAUUUCUGGGGCACAGUCUGAGAGAGGCAGUAAAGAGUUCUCGCUACAAUAGAACAGAUGAUGAACUUGGUCCUCGGUAUCAUUUUGCUUUGAAAGUAUUCGAAGAAGAUGAAAGAGACCUUUUCAAUGCCGAGAGGGACGCUUUUGUCGCCCUACGAGAACAAGGGGGCAUGAUAACUUGCCUAGGAGAGUACACCCACCGAGAAAGAUCUGAGCAAUCUAAGAGAAGGCCUGAGUCGUUGAAAAGUUCUUUGGACGAUAAAUCGGACGGAGUCCAUCAAGAAUUCAAGACCACUUAUAAUUUAAUCUUGGAAACGGCAGAGCUAGAUCUUUACGAGUUCUUCUUGAACAAAAACCCACCAGUCCUGCGGUCUGAAGUGGAUGCCUUCUGGAAACGUUUAUUUGAUGUAGCUAGAGCUGUCCGAAGUAUUCAUAACCUUAGCCGACCAUAUCAACAGGGAUUACACGGAAACAUCAUGCUAGACAAUAUCCUCCUCAUCGACGGGAAGUUCAAGUUGGCGGAUCUUGGAUUUACCAAAUUUGCCAGACCUGGCACAGAACAGCUAGGAGUGUUUCGCGGGGGAGCUGAGUCAUAUGGAGCCCCUGAAUGCUAUCGCCAGCGUAGUCUAUCCAAAUCCAAAAUCUCGCGCAAUAUCGAUAUAUGGUCACUUGGCUGUGUGUUUUCUGUUGCUGCUACAUGGAUAGUUCUGGGCUCGCAGGGCAUCAGCCAAUUUAGAGCUCUUCGGGCCCAAGAGAUUGGAGGUCGGGUUAACCUCCAGCAACUGUUGGGAACGACUUCAAAGGACCAAGUGCGAAUCGACAUCGACGAUUUCUUCCAUGACGGCUCAAAGGUGCUUCCAGGUGUUCUGUCUUGGCACAUAUUUCUCAGAACUGCACUUCGCACAUCCGAUCAAGUCACUUCUCGAGUCCUUGAUCUAGUUGACCGCAGGAUGCUCGUAAAUAGUAUCCCCAGAUUCGAUGCAGACGGGAUCUGCCUCGGGCUCGACGCUAUUCAGAGACAAGUCUUGGCUGUACGCAGGAACCAAGAGAUUCCUCAGGAUAUUCUAUCAAUUCUGCAAACAGAGGAUGAUAACCCUCCCGGCAUAUUGCGCUCCAGUUUGUCGACUAUCUCAACGGCGACUUCAUCUGCACCGGCUUCGAUUGCCGAUGAGCCAUCUUCAGCUGCUCUACCAGAACGCCUGUCCAAGGAAAGUCUCCGCUCGUCCGCUUUAGAAGCUGUCGAACAUCCCUCAAGGGUUCUACAGCGAACUUCUAGUCCUCUUCGUCCCAGAAUUCCACCAACCAUACCAGGGUUCGCCCAGCCGGACAGUAUGCACCAAAAUGUGUUCCAAGCAAGAGAAGAGCUCGAAAAACUUCAAAAGGGACAAAUCCUUGGCAGGAUGCGCAAGGACGAGACCCUUUCCCGUUACAUUCACAAUUUUGAUAUCAUAUUCCUGGUUGAUAACAGCGAAACCAUGAUACCAUAUUGGUACGAGGCUACCUAUCUGCUCGAAACUCUCCUCUUCAAACUCCGUGGUCUAGAAGGCAACGGAAUCGAUUUGCAAUUUGGCUCGAGCCAUCUAAAGAUUGAGGGAAGUAAGCACUCGCGAUUCUUUCAGGGUUUCAAAGACAUCGUUGCAGCAAUGGGAAGCUCGGUUGCUAAACCGAAAAUUGGAAAUGGCUCGAACUUGUUGUUCCGACUGCUCGCAAUCGUAAAUGCACAUCUACGUCUUAUACGGAGAGAGGGCGGUCAACCUCUCUUGCUUUAUGUUUUAACCGAUGGCAUCUGGCAAGAUGAAUCACAGAGAGACGUAGUAGCAGGCAAUUUAAGGGAAACACUGAUCAGGUUGGGACAUGAUGGUCCAUCGGUUGCAAUCCAAUUCAUUCGGUUCGGAGACGAUCCGGUGGCAAUCGAUAGGCUGAACAGGCUAGAUGAUGGGCGCUUCCGCUUUGUAGACGUUAACGUCUGUUCAAUCGAUGUUGAACCCGCACGCGGUAACGUAUACAAAAUGCUCCUUGGAACCAUUACCAAAAAGUUCGACGUGGAAAGAUAUGAAGAUUAUGGUCUUCAGACCGGAGUGCCAUUCCUCGACCAAUCAUUCAACUCGUAUGCAAUGGCAUCAGGUUCUGGUGGACCUCCGCAAACACGCCCUGGAUCAUCUGGAACAAGUUCGAGUGUACCAUCAACAUUCGCAACUUCAAUAUUCAGCGAAACCAGUGGUUCCUCCAUAUUCCGUCCCGAGUCGCCGCCAUCGGACUCGGACGAGCUCGCAUCGCAUCCUGGGCAGCGGAUCAGUAGGGCGGUACCGGAAAUAGGGUCAGGCGUACCCAAGCCGCCACACGAGUUGGAAAACCUUCACAGGAAAAGUCGUUCUACAAAAAAAUAGCUUUUAGAUCAGACUUCGAUUUGCCUAUUUUCGAUCUCAGUGUUUCCACUUCUUGGGACUUUGGAUGGGUCACUUCCCGAGACUCGAUACCUUAUGAAGAGCGAGGGCCUCUACUCCCACCAAAUAAGAGAGCUAGAACGGAGUUCUAAGCUUCUCUCAACCUCCUUAGAUAGUUUCCAGAGCCUAUGAUUGUUGAGGGUGCAUGACUGGUGAAGAUUUCUGUUUCUGAAAGGUCUGGAAUGAUAGGUAGCUCUCCUUGUCAGGGGCUUUACCGAGCGGGAAAGGGGUUAGCGAGAUGAAUAGCUGGUCUGAAGAGGGAUCGUUAUCCUGAACUUCUAGCAUCUUUCUGCAUACAAGACUCAUAUCCCAAGUCAUAGACUUACUAUCUGCUACUCAGUCAGGUUGAAAUACGACCUUGAGAAACACCUAAUUAUCCUUCGAAUCCUUAGACAUUUUCCGGCAGGAUUUGACAGCAUUCCCCGUCACCGAAUGACCGAUA